CCCAAAAUAUUCAGGGAUCAAGAAGUAAUGAAUUUUACAAUUCAGAGGUUUCUCGGCCCGUCCAUCUGCAAGUAUGCGACUUUAGAAGAGGAUUCAAGCCCAAAGAAGAAGCGGCCUGAACUAAAACAGAUCAUAAGAGUCAAGAGGAGUUUAUUAGCUUUCCAGAAAACCCAAGAUCUCGAGAAAUGGUCAAGGAAAUUGGAAGAUAUGAUCAAUUUCCCAAAACCGGCCAAACCAGCUCUACACUUGCCUUAUUUGGAAGAUCCGGGUUUCACAUCAAACCAACCUCAAGAAUGGCAACCAGGAGACCUUCUAAGUCAUUCAGAGGCACUCCAAAACAUCAUAGGAAGCACCAUACCACACUGGAUCAGACGGAUCCCAAUCAAACCAAAAGAUCAAGCCGGUUUGCAUCAAUUGGCCAAACCGACAUCAUUUAAAGAAAGUCUUCAACCAAUUCAACUUGGUUCGACCCAGGGCUAUUUAUGGGAACCAGGAGAUCAUCUAGACCAUUCAGAAGACAUCUAAGGAGUCCUUAGCUGCACCAGCACCCAGGAGAUCAGGCGGAUCUCUCUUCCCAUCAACCUUCCAUAUUUGACAGCAACUACACUAAAUGCUUUGAAAAAAUCUCUACAGAUAUUUAUUCAAGAUCAACGGCCAUAUUCUCCAUCAAGGCAACUCAGAGACAUGUCAGGAAGACUUCUUGACCGUGGCCACAUCCAGAAGCUGUCCAGAUACAAGAUCAUCCAAGAUUCCUUUUUGAAGGCACAAAUCGAGCUAACGGCUAGUUUCCAUGGAGCCAUCAAAACCUUCUCAUACAAGACUUUUAUUUCGAUUUAUUUUCUUUCCUUAUGUCAUUUUCAGACUGUUAGAGAGUCCUUUGUCGAGCCUAUAAAGCUCUAGUCUUUGUUUCAUUGUAGAUCACCCCAUUUUGAAAGUAAUAAGAAUUAUUCAGUUUUCUAGUUUUCUUAAAACUAUUGUUCUAAGUCUUUUGAGCUGGUGUGAAGCAACUCCAAAGCACCUUGACUUAUCAACGCUCCUUUCCAUAGAGUCUUGUGGCAUCUUCAAUCCCCCAUCCUUCCAUUCCAAUUCGUUUGCCAAGCUUGAGAGUGAUACACAUCCAGCAAGCAAAGCACCAUCUCAAUCCACUUCAAUCAUCAACUGAUUAGGCUGAGAGUGUCACACGACCAGCAGCCUAAUUCCAUCCUAUCUAUCUUUAUUUAUCUUGUUUUAUCAUAUUAGAAAUCAUAUCUCAUUUGUUUUUGCAUUUGUUUUCAGGAUCAUAACUUGCAUUCCAUCAUAUCGCCCAUCCGAUCAUAUCUUUGGUCGAUCCAUCAAGCUUCCAUCAACCAUUUUGCAAUACUUGAUUUCCAGCCUGCAACAUUUGGUAUCAGAGCUCAAGCUCCUGAAUCAAGUCCAUCUAUCCUUGCAUCAUUCAUAUUUGCUUGCAUUUGUUUUUUCAUUCAUAAAUCAAAAAGCCAUAAAAACAGUUUUUGCAUUAUUAUUGUUCUUAAGAAAAGAAAAACAAAAGAGAAGAAGUUUCUUGCAUUUGAUUCACGAUAAUCUGAAAAAGAAAUCACAUAUUGUGUUUAUAUUCAUUCCCCAGCUCCACUUGCCAUAUUUAGAUUUUGUGCAUUCAUUUUAAAAAAAAAAAUCUGCAUUUCCAAAUUUGUUUCUUGCAUUGAAAAGUUCAAAAAAAAAGAAGGCAUAACAUUUUAUUAAUUUCGUGCAUAACAUAUUUGUUUCAUAAGUUUGUUAUUUGCAUUCAAAAAAAAAAUCAUUCAUAUUGCUUGCAUUUGUUUUUUUUUUAUCUUAUAAACCGAAAACCCAUAAAAACAGUUUCUUUGUUUCAAGUUUUUGUGUUCUUGCUGUUCAUCAUAUUUUAAAACGACGAAAAAAGAGAAAGAAAGAUGUUUUUGAUUCAUGUUACUUGCACUUAGUUUCGAAAUUCUUGUUAGUUUCCUUUUUGUUUUGUUUUCAUAAUCAAAAAUCCCAUAAAAAUUGCCAUUUAGAAUUUGUUUCCUUGUUUGCAUAUCCUUUAAAAAAAAAAUCAUCCUAGUUAUUUUAUCAGACCAUUUUAGUCGAAGUAUUUCGUGCAUAUCAUAUUGCUGAAUUUAAAAAAAAAAAAUUUCAUUCAUCAUAAGUUUGAAUCAUUUGUUUCAUAUUGUUAGGUUUAUUGCAUUUCUUAAACUAAAAACUCAAAAAAAUAAAAAAAAAUCGUUGUUAGUUUGUUUCCAUACUUUCUUUCCAUUUGUGUUUCUUAUCAUACCAUAUUGUUUAAUUUCGAGAUUGCAUUCAGAAAACCAAAAGAAAAAUCAUUUUAGUAUAGUUACUUCAUUUCGGUUCAUAAUUGCAUAUUUUUCUCGGUUUAGUUAAAUUGCAUUCUUACAUUUGUUUUAUUUUGGUUAGACCAAAACUUUCCAUGCCUUCACUUGUUCUUUGAGAUUGUUUUUCAGGAAGCAAUGGAGGAGGAGAGACAUGUCCAAAACCUAAGGGCCACCUUGAGCCAACAGUCCGCAGCCCUACAAAAGCUCCAACUUAAGAUUGCUCAGUUGAAGAAAAGAAAUCAGGCACAAGGCCAACGUCCACUUGAAGGAGAAAGGAGAUUUGCAGAUGUACCAGGGGCUGUAUAUGUCAAGCCCAAGCCACCAGAUCCUUCAAGGAUCAAUAAAACUCCAACUUCUAAAACCCACAACAAUCAUGUUGUUAAUUCUCGGUUUGAUUAUAACUCUUUUGCUGAUAAAAUUGAACUCUUUAAAUUUUCAGGAAAAAGAGGUUAUCUUAGAUGGGAGAGGAACCUUGAUGAAUGGUUUCACUUCAACAGCAUCCUGAGGAAAGAAAGGCUAGCUUAUGCUAUUGAUCAACUUAGAGAAGAAGCCUUUAAAUGGUGGGUACAAGAAGAAGAUGAUAGGCGGUUUUACAAUGAGCCAACUAUCAAAACGUGGAGAGCUCUUAAGGAAGUCAUGAGGGAUAGAUUUGCACCAGAUUUUACAAGUUCUGAAAUCCAAGAACUAUAUCCAAGGAGGUAUCCAAUUCAUGGUUCCAAAGAAGCAAGAAGAUUAGUGGCACAAGAGGGUCAAAGAAUCUUGUCUCAACAAGAUAACUUUCAGCCAAACCAGGGGCAUGCCAUUGUCCAUUGCUUAGACCAGAAGAGUGACAUCCUAAAGGUCAGUAAGAUGAGUACAAGUGUCGGCCAAAACACUUUGAUCAGGUCCAAAGACAAACCAGAGCAAGCUAUUGUCCAAGUAAAGGCCAAGGUAAGUCAUAUACUUGAUAAAUCUUUUCAUAAAUCAUCUACCACUUGUAUGAUGCACUUGUCUUUGUCCAAGAGUGUUAUUACAGGUAUAAAGGAGCCUAGGUACAUAGAAGAAGAGACGCCAGGCACAAGCCUUCCCACGGACCAGAAGGAAGCUCAAAGCACAAAACAAUCAAAGUUGCUUAAUAAACCAAAACCAGUGAUCAUAGUAUCAAACCAAGGUAAGUGUCAAACAACACCUUUAGAUACUGGUUUAAACAUUUGUAUUCUUGGUACAGGAAUACCAGAUGAGAUCCACAUUCUUACCGAACCAGAACAUGAGUUCAAUCAAAAUCCACACCACAAGUGGAAACCGAAAACUGAACAAAAGAUUGUUCAAGUGCCAAAACCUGAGGUAAAUUUCACUCUAGAUCAUCAUGAUAUUAUUAAUUCCAUGACAAGAUUAAUGCACUUGUCUUGUCCAAGGAAAAGUGAAAUUAUUACAGGAAGCCAAGGUGAGUACAAGGCAAAGAAAGAACAAGAAGUUCUUGCUGCCACAACUAAUUUAAGGGUUAAUUGUUCUAUGUUUAUGUCAUUUUAUAAAUCCCUUUAUUUUGGUAUAAUAUACUUGUCUUUGCCAAGAUGUUUUGAUCCAGGUAUAAGUCAAGAAGAACACAAAAACCGAGCUGAGCUAUCACAAAAAGAUGGUCAUACCAACCAAGGUAAACAAUUGCAAGAAAGGCGGCCAUCUAACCAAAUCUGUCCAAAGAAGAAUAUCAUUCUUCAUCAUGCUGAUGCACCCAAGAAUGUUGAAAAAAUUUCUGGUUGCAAAGAAGAAAGCUUCAAAGAAAUCCCACAGGAUAAUCUUUUGUUGCGAGGAGGAUUCACCCCAAAGAUGGUCAGAACCGAGCCUACUAGGAGUAUGAAGGACCAUCCACUGAAGAAGAGAGGCAAUGCCAAAGUCCAUAGCAGAGGCGUGAUCAUAUCCUAUUUGCUGAAAGAAGAGCCACCUGAUGCACAAUCCAUCCCCAAACCGAAACAAUAUCAAGGUAAGACCUUAGAAUCUCAAAAGAAUAUGAAAGCUGACUUGCUCUAUCUUGGUGCAGGUUAUCAAGUUUCGAGGUCGAAACUUUGUCAAGGGGGAAGGUAUGAUGCGGCCAUCAGAUCAGCAACUGAACCGGAGGUCAACCCAAAGCCCUACUCAACCAGCCAAGGCGCCAACCAGGACAUACGUGCACUAAACAUGCCAUAUCUUAAAAACCACGAUGGUUUAAAUUACGAGGCUAAUUUUUAUGGAUUCUAAACUCAAUAAGGAGUCCAGGAAAAUUGGAGCCGGCCCAAAAUAUUCCGGGAUCAAGAAGUUAUGAAUUUUACAAUUCAGAGGUUUCUCAGCCCGUCCAUCUGCGAGUAUGCAACUUUAGAAGAGGAUUCAAGCCCAAAGAAGAAGCGGCCUGAACUAAAACAGAUCGUAGGAGUCAAUAGGAGUUAAUUAGCUUUCCAGAAAGCCUAAGAUCUCGAGAAAUGGUCAAGGAAAUUGGAAGAUAUGAUCAAUUUCGCAAAACCGGCCAAACAAGCUCUACACUUGCCUUAUUUGGAAGAUCCGGGUUUCACAUCAAACCAACCUCAAGAAUGGCAACCAGGAGACCUUCUAAGUCAUUCAGAGGCACUACAAAACAUCAUAGGAAGCACCAUACCACACUGGAUCAGACGGAUCCCAAUCAAACCAAAAGAUCAAGCCGGUUUGCAUCAAUUGGCCAAACCGACAUCAUUUAAAGAAAGUCUUCAACCAAUUCAACUUGGUUCGACCCAGGGAUAUUUAUGGGAACAAGGAGAUCAUCUAGACCAUUCAGAAGACAUCCAAGGAGUCCUUAGCUGCACCAGCACCCAGGAGAUCAGGCGGAUCUCUCUUCCCAUCAACCUUCCAUAUUUGGCAGCAACUACACUAAAUGCUUUGAAGAAAUCUCUACAGAUAUUUAUUCAAGAUCAACGGCCAUAUUCUCCAUCAAGGAAACUCAGAGACAUGUCAGGAAGACUUCUUGACCGUGGCUACAUCCAGAAGCUGUCCAGAUACAAGAUCAUCCAAGAUUCCUUUUUGAAGGCACAAAUCGAGCUAACGGCUAGUUUCCAUGGAGCCAUCAAAACCUUCUCAUCCAAGACUUUUAUUUCGAUUUAUUUUCUUUCCUUAUGUCAUUUUCAGACUGUUAGAGAGUCCUCUGUCGAGCCUAUAAAGCUCUAGUCUUUGUUUCAUUGUAGAUCACCCCAUUUUGAAAGUAAUAAGAAUUAUUCAGUUUUCUAGUU